CCCAAAAAAAAGACUGCAUUGGGGUGCAGAGAGGCACCGCUUCCCGAGAGUACGCGCAAAUAUCGCGGUACCGUGAGGUCGAAAGCAAAGGAGAUUAUCCCAGAGAAGAGCGAGCGAGGGGCUGGAAACGGAGCACCAAUCCCGGAUGGCUAGGCGCGGCUGCUCGCGCUCUCUUCCACCCUGACCGGGAGAGACACACACACACACAAGGACCGCGGGGAAGCUCCGGGUGCUUCACGUGAAACCCUAACCGGAGCCUGUUAACCCGCCUCCACCCGGCUCACUGACGUUUUAUAUCUCGGCCUGUUUCCGCCGAAACGGGGAUCUUGUGUGGCGCACGGGACCGAGCGUAAACAAACAAGGCAGCCUGCUCUCGGGGUGAGAGAGUGUUCAAGCAAGCGACCUCUGAAGGGUGUGAGUCUGCGUUGGUACUUGCGAUUCUCUUUUAGCCCCAUUAAGGAUCCAUCAGCUGUACUGUAAGCGUGCGUGUGUGUGUGCGCGCGUACACACACACACACUCAUCCUUGUGUACACACACACAUCCCAGGAGCCAUGCCUGUGUUCAGUGGCCUGUUGAAGGUGCGAGUGUGUGAGGCAGUGGACCUGAAGCCCACCCCAUGGGCCCUGCGUCACGCCGUAGGGAAGAGCGGCUCCUUCCUGCUGGACCCCUACCUGGCCCUGAAUCUGGACCAGACCCGGCUCGGACAGACCGCCACCAGGACAAAGACCAACAGCCCCGCCUGGCACCAGGAGUUCUGCACCGAGGUCCGCGAGGGAAGGAGCCUGGAGCUGUCCGUUUUCCACGACGCGCCCAUCGGAUACGACGACUUCGUGGCCAACUGCACCAUCCAGCUGGAGGACCUGCUGCAGAACGGAACCAGGCACUAUGAGGACUGGAUUGACUUGGAGCCGGAGGGGAAGGUGUAUGUGGUCAUUGAUCUGUCCGGAUCUUCCACUGAAGCCACAAGUACCAACGAGAAUGAGGAGCGAGUGUUUCGAGAGAGGAUCGGUCCUCGCCGGCGACAGGGCGCCGUCCGAAGACGUGUCCAUCAAGUCAAUGGACACAAGUUCAUGGCCACCUACCUGCGACAACCAACCUACUGUUCACAUUGCAGAGAUUUUAUCUGGGGCGUGCUGGGAAAGCAGGGAUACCAGUGUCAGGUGUGUACGUGUGUCGUCCACAAGCGCUGCCAUGAGCUCAUCAUCACCAAGUGUGCCGGGAUGAAGAAGCAGGAGGACACACCUGAUGAGGUGGGUUCACAGCGGUUCAGUGUUAACAUGCCCCAUAAGUUCAGCAUCCACAACUACAAGGUCCCCACCUUCUGUGACCACUGUGGCUCCCUGCUGUGGGGCCUCAUGAGGCAGGGCCUGCAAUGCAAAGUGUGUAAGAUGAAUGUGCACAGACGGUGUGAGACUAAUGUAGCUCCUAACUGUGGUGUGGACGCCCGAGGAAUCGCUAAGGUCCUGUCUGACCUCGGAGUCACACCCGAUAAGAUCUCCAACACCGCACAGCGCAGGAGGAAGUUGACUCCAGGGCAGGACCCUCCCCAGUCUCCUCCUGAGCUCUCCCAGACGGAGGAGAACAGCUUCAGCCAGCCAGCUGUCCCCACCUCCCCCUCGCAGCAGGACUUGGCAGGGUUAGAUCGCCUGCAGGACGUGCUGUCACUCGACCAGCAGGGACCCCAGCACACCUCCUCCUCCUCCUUUUCCUCCUCCUCCACCACCUCCUCUUCCUCCACGUCCUCCUCCACAGCAGGCAGGGAGAACGGACAGAUCCAGAGGAGGAGCCUCAAGGACUUCAAUUUUAUCAAGGUUCUCGGCAAAGGCAGCUUCGGCAAGGUAAUGCUGGCAGAGCUGAAGGGCACGGAGGAGGUUUACGCUGUCAAAGUUUUGAAGAAGGACGUGAUCCUGCAGGACGACGAUGUGGACUGCACCAUGACCGAAAAGCGCAUCCUGGCCCUCGCCCGCCGACACCCCUACCUCACCCAGCUCUACUGCUGCUUCCAGACACGGGGAUCUGAAGCUGGAUAACAUCCUGCUGGAUGCAGAGGGACACUGUAAGCUUGCUGACUUCGGCAUGUGCAAAGAGGGAAUCAUGAACGGAGUGACCACCACAACCUUCUGUGGCACACCUGACUACAUCGCCCCUGAGAUCCUGCAGGAGCUGGAGUACGGAGCCUCUGUGGACUGGUGGGCCCUGGGGGUGCUGAUGUAUGAGAUGAUGGCCGGACAGCCUCCGUUCGAAGCCGAUAACGAAGACGACUUGUUCGAGUCGAUUCUCCAUGACGAUGUCCUCUAUCCCGUGUGGCUCAGCAAAGAAGCUGUUUCUAUCCUUAGAGCGUUCAUGACCAAGAACCCGGCCAAGCGUCUGGGCUGCGUGGUGAGCCAGGGCUGCGAGGAGGCCAUCAAGACCCAUGCCUUCUUCAGAGAGAUCGACUGGGUCCUGCUGGAGCAGCGAAAAGUCAAACCACCCUUUAAACCCCGGAUUAAGACCAAGCGAGAUGUGAAUAACUUUGACCAGGACUUCACCAAGGAGGACCCUGUGUUGACGCCCACGGACGAGGCCAUCAUCCGACAGAUCAACCAGGAGGAGUUCAAAGACUUCUCCUACUGCGCUCCCGAGGAGACGCAGACCUAACAUACACACACACACACACACACACGCACAUGCACACUGAUCCAACACUUAACCUGGCACGCACGUUCGCACACACACUGCUGACCAUAAAUCCCUUUACAAAACACACACACACGGUCACUCCUUUACUUUGAAGCUAUUGGUUGUUGUUACUUUUGGAAUAUUCUUUACUUGCAUUGUGUUGUUCUUGUUGCCUGGGUUUAUUAUGAAUAUAAAUAUGACUAUGACUAUGACUAUGA